AUGGCUCCAUCAUAUUACGAGGAGGCCAAUCGAGAUGGACCCAAAGACGAGAACCAGACCAAACCUUUCUCUGAGCAAUUGUUGAUCAAUCCAAAUGCAAAAUUUCAAAUAUCCAGACUCGAUGAGCAACACCCCCUUUUUAAAGUGUCCGACAAUGCCAAUUCGGCUGCUGAUCCUGAAAGUCUCUCUUUCAGCAACUUGAGUGCUAUUGACGGCCAAAUCCACCAGACAAAUUGGUCUAAACUCCUAGGAACAGAAUUGAUUUUCAACGAAAAUGGUGACUUGGUGGGCACUGUCAGAGAGCACUUGCUCACAGAUCUGUCGGUGAAAGUGAAGCUCAAGCCACAGGGUGGUGACGAGACUGUAGAAGAAGUGCCAGGAGCAGAGUCUGACUCUCGAACGGCUUUCUUGAAAAAAGCUCAAGCAGUGGCUAGAGCUAAGGCUCGUGAGUCAUAA